AUGGAAUCGGAAAAAGUUGUCACUACUCAUGCUGCCCUCAGCAACAUCGAUAACGAGACUCUAGAGCUGAUUCAACAAGCUCAGGAGGCCGAUGCUGCUGAUCAACAACUCACUAUCAAAGAAGCACUGUCCCGAUACAAGAAGGCGGUGUUCUGGUCAAUGUUUUUGUCAUUAUCUCUGGUGAUGGAAGGCUAUGAUGUGGUCAUUAUUACCUCUUUCUAUGGGCAAACUCAAUUCAAAGAUCGAUUCGGUGAUAUCCAGUCAGACGGUUCAAAAAUCAUAACGGCCUCCUGGCAAUCUAUAUUGAGUAAUGUUGCGCUUCUCGGUCAACUCACUGGUCUAGUCGUCAAUAUGUGGGUUCAAGAUCGAUUUGGUGCCCGACAUACUAUGAUGUUCUUCAUGGCUUGGAUGGCCGCGGCCAUCUUCAUCCCAGUUUUCGCUUCUAGUCUACCCGUCUUAGCUGCGGGAGAAUUGCUCUGUGGUAUCAGUUGGGGUGUUUUCCAAACUUUGUCCACAUCGUACGCGAGCGAAGUUGUACCGACUGUCUUAAGACCAUACGUGACCGCUUUCGUCUGCAUGUGUUGGGGAGGAGGUAUAUUGCUUUCUUCUGGUGUUGUGAGGGCUGUAGUGAACGUCCAAGGGGACUGGGGAUGGAGACUGCCAUUCCUGCUUCAAUGGAUCUGGCCCUUGCCCUUGUUCAUUGGAGCAUAUCUUGCUCCUGAGUCCCCUUGGAAUGCAGUCCGACGAGAUAAACCGGAUGUCGCUCGAAAAGCACUCAGGCGUCUUCGAGAUCCUGCCUCAACCACCGAUCGCCAGGUUGAAGCCACGCUUGCAUAUAUAACCCAUAUAACGAAUCUCGAAAAAGCUGAGACUAUGGGGAGCAGUAUCUUGGAGUGCUUCAGAGGUAUCAAUCUCAGACGAACCGAGAUUAAUUGCGUUGUAUGGGCUGCUCAGAUCCUCUGUGGUAAUGCCAUUCUUGGAUACUCUGUGACGUUUCUACAAAGGGCAGGGUUCGACGAAAUCCAGUCUUUCAACCUGAACAUCUCGCUGUCCGCCUGUUACAUCGUCGGUGGUAUACUAUCCUGGUUCCUUAUGACAAGGUUAGGACGAGCGACUCUGUAUAUGGGCGGCCUCGCUUUCAUGUUUGUGUGUCUCGUCGCCAUCGGGGCACUUGGUUUCCGAGAUGAUAAAGCGUCGAAUUUAGCAAUUGGCAUUCUUCUGGUGGUAUCGACACUUUGUAACAUGACGACUGUCGGGCCAGUCUGUUACCCCAUCGUAGCUGAGACGCCCUCUGGUAGACUUCGAUACAAAACAGUCACAAUUGGUAGAUUCGUAUACAAUCUUACUGGUAUCUUCAAUAAUUCAGUUACACCAAGAAUGAUACAGGCGACGGCAUGGAAUUGGGGAGCCAAAUGUGGUUUAUUCUACGCUGGAACCAAUCUACUCUGUUUGAUCUGGUGCUGGUUCCGUCUCCCUGAGACCAAAGAUCGAUCAUUUGGUGAGAUCGACCUCCUGUUCGAAAACCGUGUUCCUGCUAGAAAGUUCAAAUACACCAAGGCGGACCAAUUCGCUCAUACAGCCGAAGAACUUGAGGGCGUUCACUUAGACGAUACAAAGGUAGAAAUCCAACAUCAAGAACGGGUGUAG